UUGAGCUGUCGCGAGAGUUGGUCGUCCAGGUGUCGGAAGCUGUUCAUAACUCCGGCUGAGGGGCGGGUUCGCUGCAGACGGUCUUUCAUCCGCUCUCCGCUAGAUUGGCGGCGCAAGAUGGCCGAUAUCUCUCUGGACGAGCUCAUCCGAAAGCGCGGAACGGCGACCAAGGGACGGCUCAGUGUCAGACCAGGAAUUGGAGGCGUCCGAUCUCGAGUUGGGCUCCAGCAUAGUCUUCUUAGCCAGCCAGCUCGCAUGGCCACUUUCCAGCAGAGAUUUGAUGCCCGGCAGAAGAUUGGCCUCUCAGAUGCUCGGCUCAAGCUGGGUGUCAAAGAUGCCCGGGAAAAGCUUUUGCAGAAAGAUGCCCGGUUUCGGAUCAAAGGAAAAGUACAGGAUGCCAGAGAGAUGCUGAACUCACGAAAGCAGCAGAACACUGUGCCCCAGAAGCCCCGCCAGGUGGCUGAUGCCCGGGAGAAGAUCAGCUUGAAGAGGAGAUCCCCUGCUACCUUCACAAGCCCACCCAUUGGGACUGUGACCCCUGCUCUGAAACUCACCAAAACUAUCCAGGUUCCACAGCAAAAGGCCAUGGUGCCACUUCAUGCCCAUCCUGCUGGAAUGAGGAUCAAUGUUGUCAAUAACCACCAGGCCAAACAGAACCUGUAUGACCUAGAUGAAGAUGACGACAUUUCGGCACCUGUUCCCACUAAACAGAUGAAGUUUGCAGCCACAGGCAGCCUUGUUCACCACAUGACUGGACUGAGCAGUUCCAAGCUGUCCGUGUCCAAGGCCCUCCCUCUCACAAAAGUGGUCCAGAAUGAUGCCUACACUGCUCCUGUUCUCCCAGCCUCUGUUCGAACCAAAGCCUUGACCAACAUGUCCCGGACACUGGUGAACAAGGAGGAGCCUCCCAAAGAGCUGCCACCUGCUGAGCCUGUGCUUAGCCCCUUGGAAGGUACCAAGAUGACUGUGAAUAAUCUACACCCUCGAGUCACAGAGGAAGACAUAGUUGAGCUUUUCUGUGUGUGUGGAGCUCUCAAGCGGGCUCGACUGGUCCAUCCUGGGGUAGCAGAAGUUGUCUUCGUGAAGAAGGAUGAUGCCAUCACUGCUUAUAAAAAAUACAACAACCGAUGUCUGGAUGGGCAACCUAUGAAGUGCAACCUUCACAUGAAUGGAAAUGUCAUCACCUCAGACCAACCCAUCCUGCUGCGGUUGAGUGACAGCCCCUCAGUGAAGAAGGAGAGUGAGCUGCCACGGAGGGGCAAUCCUGCCUCUUCCAACCCUCCUGCCGAAGUGGACCCCGACACCAUUCUCAGAGCACUCUUCAAGUCCUCAGGGGCCUCUGUGACCACACAACCCACAGAAUUCAAAAUCAAACUUUGAGGAGGGGAGCGAGGCAGCCAGAAACAGGGCAGAGGAGGGUGGCUCUGUUUCCCAAGGCAAAGUUGAGACCAACAGGCCGUUGGACUGAAACCCCCUGAACAAGGGACAAGGUACCAGGGAGAGCUUCCUCGUUGGACGGGACCCACCUUUCUGUGUUGCUCUACACCUUGCCCUUCUGUGCGUUCCAUUUCUGUAGUAUGUCUCCUCUUUCCUCCAUUCACCAUCGAGGUAGGCUUGUUUGUCGGUGUUCCUUCCCUACCCUAGGCCCCUAGCUGACUGCUUCCCUAGAAAUGGUGUACUGUUUCCCUGGGUGGUCUUCUUGGGGCCCCAUGGGAUACAGGGUACAGGAGUUGUUGGAAAGACUGCUUUUUUUAAUGUUUUGUUUUCAAGAGUUUUCUUGUUCUGUUGAAGUUUUCACACAAAACAGAAUGAAUGGGACCUGCUGCCAUUCAUUCUAUGGGCACUAGGUCAGCUGGGAUUGCAUCAGGUCACUUAUUGUGCUCUCAGCACUAUCAUCUUAGGCCUGACUGCUAAUGGGCAGGGCUCUAUGACGGGCAGGGAGGGCAGCUGUGUUGCCAGCUCUUGGCUGCCUGUGCUGUUUUGGGCAGUGUGCAAGGCAUCCCAGAGUUCAUGGUCCCUUGUUAGUGUUGUGCCAAAGGCCCUGGUUCAGUUCUCUGCACUUCUAUAUAGGAGUGAGGAGGGACCUUUACCUGUUAGCCCUCUUGGUUCUCACCUGAUAGGGCAGCAUCAAAGCCUGAUUUGGGUGCAGAUGCCAGCUCCAAGUUGGUUGAGCCUUUUUCCAGGUUCUACCCCGGGCUGCAGCAUAGAGGACUUGGGGGGUAGGGGGAUUGAUUGAAUCAGAGACAUUGGCUGGCUCUGGCUCUGCUUUUUUGGCUUUGGUUAUCUACAGAACAGCAAUCAGUGUUGCCCAAAGUACAGCCACCACCAGGGCAUUGUCUCUAGUGUAAGUGACCCCCAGUGAUGAGUGGUCUGGGUAGAGACUGUUACUUUAUACAGUCUGCUCCCACACUGUUACUAUGGAACUGUGGGACUUAGGCAGGUGCUGAGUGUCAGGUCGCUGUGUUCCAGAGCUGGUCAGUAGUCCCCUGUCAGUGGAAUAGAUGAUGCUAAGCUGUCAUAGGUGGAGCAGGAUCCUAAGGGGACACAUUAUCAGUAGUGUGUGCUGUAAAGGGACAAGAGGAGGAAGUAGAGGAAGCUGAGGCACUGUGACCUAUUCAAGGCUAGCCCAGUAAAGAGAACUUCAACUAACUUACUUUCCUGAGUUAGAUAUACCCAGCUGGAAUGGUCUGUUUUGAGUCAAAAUCAGUCCUUCAGCUCUAAGGUUGCCCAGCAAAGGAAUCCAGGAAUGACAUCUGGGGUGUCCACUCCUAAAGAAGCCUCUUUCUCUUAAACCCUUCUAAAUGGGUACAACCUUAAUUCUUCUCAGAAACUGGAAGACAUUCCUCUGUGUUUGCCCCUCCUGGCCCAAGAGAACACCCCUAGACAUUAGGGCCUAACUUCUCUGCCACUGGGAACAGUUGGCAUGCCUUUUGCUUUGUGUGCAGUAGGGAUGGCUGAGGAUGGCCUGAACUGAGUCAGCCUCACCCUCCUGGCCAUGUGGUACUUUGGGGAGUGGGGUGUUUGCUCCUCCUGCAUUUCAGAAUGUCAUCUUGGGAAACAGAAAAGAAGAUGGGCCAACCCCUAUGUCCCCCACUCCCUUGCAUUCUUUGUGUCUUGUUCAGGAGAGAAAGGCAUUGUGGGAUGGAGGGGCUUGUUACUUUCCAUUUCUCAAUAAACAUUUGUUAUUCCUAACUUUGA